GAUGACCCAAAUUGCACGACUUAAUCUAUCAUAAUCCAAUUUAAUAUUCAUCUAUAACAUCCACAUUAUGCCAUUUUUAUUAAAAGCUUUAGGCAAAUGGUGGGAUUGUUGGAAGGCCAUCUCAUUGACUUUCCUCCUACUAUGUUGAAUACUGAUUCAUAAACUGUCCAUUUCUCAUAGAGUUGGAUGCUCAAAAUCAAUAGGCCAAGUAAAUUGUCAUGGUGUUGAAUCUCAUGAAUCAGCUGAAUUGAUGGAUACACUUAACACCACACUGUGUUUUCUGAAUAUUUAACUAUGGCAGAAAUAUUAAUGGCGGGUUAGAAAUGAUUCUCCUCAAAGACUAUAAUAUUGCUAUACAAUUAUAAUUGCCUCAGUGCUAGUGGUUUCAAUGUCGUGUUCAUUUAUUUAUUGGAAAUUAAAAGAAAAAAAUUCUGCAGAUCACCGCCUGACCUCACGGGGGCGAUAGUCAAUACUUGAGUGGAUCAGUAGACUCACAAAGGCGACAGUGGUGCCGGAAGUUGUGUUGGUUGAAGUGGUUAGCUACUAGCCUAGCUCUAACAAUAGCUUGUGUAUAUUCUUUAUUAGUUAUCUCUUUGGCUUUUAUACAUAGUAGAAACUGUCUCAGUGAGCUUACAAAACAAAUCUCACAAAGUCGCUCCUUGUCUGUUUGCGGCUCUAUGCCAAGUGAGAGUAUUUUAUAAACGACCAUGUUAGCGUUAGCCUCUAGCUAGUAGCGUAGUCGUGAACGAAUGAACAGUAUUUACUCCUGACGGGCUGCGAGAAGCGUUAACUGACAACAGAUUGAGCCAUGGGUACCGGUGCUGAUGUGAGGGAUAUUUUGGAGUUGACCGGAGGUGAUAAUGACGGUCCCAUCAGCAAGAAAGACCUCAUCAACUCAGACAAGAAAAAAUCCAAGAAGGCGGCAGAAACACUGACCUUCAAGAGGCCAGAGGGAAUGCACAGAGAGGUCUAUGCUCUGCUCUAUUCAGAUAAGAAAGAUGCACCCCCUCUGUUGCCUAGUGAUACUACCCAGGGCUACAGGACAGUCAAAGCCAAGCUAGGUUGUAAAAAGGUGCGUCCCUGGAAGUGGAUGCCCUUCACUAAUCCUGCUCGCAGGGAUGGGGCCAUCUUCCACCACUGGAGACGUGUAGCAGAGGAGGGCAAGGACUACCCUUUUGCCCGUUUCAACAAGACGGUGCAGAUACCAGUGUACUCAGAGCAGGAGUAUCAGAUGCAUCUCCACGAUGAUGGCUGGACCAAAGCAGAGACAGACCAUCUGUUUGACCUGUGCAAGCGCUUUGACCUGCGCUUUGUAGUUGUUCAUGAUCGUUACGACCACCAGCAAUACAGAGUAAUCACAUACAAACGGUCUGUGGAGGACCUGAAAGAACGGUAUUACAGUAUUUGUGGUAAGCUGACAAAGGUCCGUGCAGCAUCAGGGACAGAGCCCAAAAUAUACAUCUUUGAUGCUGGCCAUGAAAGACGUCGCAAGGAGCAACUGGAGAAGCUCUUCAAUCGCACACCUGAACAAGUGGCAGAAGAGGAAUAUCUUAUUCAGGAGCUGAGGAAGAUUGAGACCAGGAAGAAGGAGCGAGAGAAGAAGGCCCAGGAUCUGCAGAAACUCAUCAAAGCAGCUGACACAACAACAGAGUUGAGGCGAGCCGAAAAGAGGGUUUCCAAGAAGAAGCUCCCACAAAAAAGAGAAACAGAAAAACCGGCUGUUCCCGAGACAGCGGGCAUCAAGUUCCCUGACUUCAAAUCAGCUGGAGUGACACUGCGCAGUCAGAGGAUGAAACUGCCAAGCUCGGUUGGCCAGAAGAAGAUCAAGGCCAUUGAGCAGAUACUUGUCGAGCAAGGAGUGGAUCUUAACCCCAUGCCCACAGAAGAAAUUGUACAGAUGUUCAACGAGCUGCGCAGCGACCUGGUGCUGCUGUAUGAGUUGAAGCAGGCCCACAGCAAUUGUGAAUAUGAACAACAGAUGCUGCGUCACCGCUAUGAGGCUCUACUGAAGACUGGCAGUGGAGGUGGGUGUGGAACCAUGGGGGCAGGACUAGUCGCCAUGCCCCUGGGUGGGGAACUCAAUGCCACCAACAGCACUGCAGCAUCCACCCCAGGAGUUGAAGUUCCGUCCUGGCCCAGUGUGGACGACAUCAAGGUGGAAGCAAAGGAGCAGAUCAUCGAUGUUGUUGGAGCACCACUCACCCCAAACUCGCGCAAACGGAGAGAAUCGGCAUCCAGCUCGUCUUCAGUGAAAAAGGUGAAGAAGCCUUGAUGACGACGAGAGCGACAGCUGACGCACCGUGGGGUCACUCUGGUCACAGUGGAAAUGCAGAUGUUUCAUGGCUGACCAAAGACAUAAAAACACCACUGACUACACACACACACACACACACACACACACCCACACACACAACUUUUCACCUUCUAACCAGACCCUUCCCCAUUGGGCUUUCCCAGCAUCUUUGCGACAAAGGCAACAACUGAGUGACAUUUCAUUCCAUUACGGCUCGUCUCCCUGCCUCCACUAUUGCUCGGCUUUAGAUGAGGCAAGAUCAACUGUAAAUUGCCAGGCUGAGCUAAUCGGGACAUGGGGAAGAAGGAGGGAGUGACUUGGUAAUUGAAAGGUUGGAAUGAAAGAAGAGACUGUGAGUGGGAGGACCUCCAACCGCAAUGCUCAUUUGACCCAUCGGAUUUUUUUUUGUAAUAGUGUUUACUGGAAAUGUGUUUUUGUUGUAGCCUGUAGUACCGACUCCCUCUCUCGACCUACGAAAGACAUCUGCUGCCUGUGUUUUAUGUUGGGACUCGUGAGGCUUAUUUGUGUUGUUUGUCCUCAGGUGACCUUGGAAGAUGCUUUUGUCAAUGAUUCAAUAAAUCUCAUUGUGUAUUUUC